AAUAGAAAGGGAGGAACCGAUGACGCUGACCAAUGGGAAUGCGGGGGGAUAACGGCCAAUGGGAGUGGAGGGACCCCGGGGACACGUGGGGGGGGGGGCGCUAAACGCAGAGACCAAGGGCUACAGCUGUGAGGUAGACAAAAUGCAGACCACCAGGGCAUUGCUCAUUUCUCCCGUUCUGAUCCGCUCCUGUACCAGGGGUCUAAUCAGGCCUGUGUCUGCCUCCCUCCUGAGUAGACCAGAGGCCCCUUCUAAACAGCCUCCCUGCAGCAGCUCCCCUCUCCAGGUAGCCAGACGGGAGUUCCAGACCAGCAUUGUCUCCCGGGACAUUGACACAGCAGCCAAGUUUAUUGGUGCUGGGGCCGCCACAGUUGGUGUGGCUGGAUCAGGGGCUGGCAUUGGAACUGUAUUUGGCAGCUUGAUUAUCGGCUAUGCCAGGAACCCGUCUCUCAAGCAGCAGCUCUUCUCCUAUGCCAUUCUGGGCUUUGCCCUGUCUGAGGCCAUGGGGCUCUUCUGUUUGAUGGUCGCCUUCCUCAUCCUUUUCGCCAUGUGAGGCUCCAUGGGGUCACCCAGCUGCCCCUGCUGCUUCGACUCCAUGCCAGUCCUGGUGCUGGAGUGUGCUAAGCUUUACCAUUAAACACAACAUUUCUCUAAACCCA